GCCAACUCGAUUUGAUUUAAAUAGACGCGCGUCCGCUUCGCGCUUGUUUUUAAAGAAACGAACGCUGGCGUCAGUGGUUGAUUCUAGAUUCUUUUGCGCAAUUUCGGACCAUGUGAUGUGAUUUUUUCGAUUUUUUUUUGAUUCGGGACACUUAAAGUGAUAUGAGCGAUACGAUGGUGGCGAGAAACAUGACUUUGCAGGAUGUUGCGACUUAUUCGGGGUACUUACAGCAGGUUCCUGCCGAGGAAGAGAGGAAUUUUUUGUCCUUGGAAGGGUUAAAGCCUGUUAUGGUGCAACAGGGUGGUAUUCAACCUCAUAUACAGCCUUACCAACCGACUUAUUAUGAAUUGACGAAUUUAGUCCAGAAUGCCCCAUGUUCUUCAACUGCGGUAUCUUAUCCGCCAUCUGUAGCUAGCUCAUCGUGCGCCUCCACCAUGAUGGACGUUCAAGUAGCUGAGCCUCCUCCUCCAUCUACCAUACGAAAGAAACGGAAAGCUUCAUCUCAUGACGUCAGCGAGAUGGAUGAAGAAAUGGCCGAGGAUGCCAAAUCGACCAAGACAGACGAAAACAAGAAACAAAAUCACAGCGAAAUCGAAAAAAGACGCAGGGACAAGAUGAACACUUACAUCACCGAACUGUCCUCUCUGAUUCCCAUGUGUAAUGCCAUGUCCAGGAAGCUGGACAAGCUCACGGUGUUGCGUAUGGCGGUCCAACACGUGAAAACCAUAAAGGAGUCUCUUAAUUCCCAGACAGAAGGCAAAUACAAACCCUCGUUUAUGAGCGACGAAGAAUUGAAGAAACUUCUUUUACAGAUAGCUGAUGGAUUUCUGUUUGUUGUUGGAUGCGACCGUGGUCGAUUUUUGUUCUUGUCCGAGUCCGUUUCCAAAGUGUUGAACUACACCCAGGCUGAUUUGUUGGGUCAAAGUAUCUUCGAUAUCAUUCAUCCCAAGGACGUGGCCAAGGUCAAGGAACAGCUGACAUCAUCAGAUAUGAGUCCUAGAGAAAGACUGAUCGAUGCCAAAACAAUGUUGCCAGUGAAGACAGACGAGCCCGAAAAGAGUUCUAAGUUUUGUACGGGUGCAAGAAGAUCAUUUUUCUGCCGAAUGAGGAGCAGAACAGAACCACAAAAAAAGGAUGAAGCAGAGACAUCAACAACAGCCGGUAAUCGCAGAAAAAACAAACAGUUGGCUGCCGAAAGGAAAUACAGUGUGAUCCAUUGCACGGGCUAUUUAAAAUCAUGGCCGCCAGCACAGAUUGGACUGGAAAAACACGACGAUCCGGAUAUGGACACCGGAUGCAACUUGUGCUGUUUGGUGGCCAUAGGUAGAAUACUUCCUCACAUUUCAACAGUGGCUGCGAACCAUCAUCCUAAUGCAGCACCUAUCCAGUUCGUUUCUAGGCAUGCUCUUGAUGGGAAAUUCACCUUUGUUGAUCAAAAUGCCACUUUGAUUUUGGGAUUUGUACCUCAAGAGCUACUAGGUACCAGUAUGUACGAGUAUUAUCACCAAGACGAUAUAUCUGCAGUAGCAGAACGACACAAGAUGGCGUUGAAAACUACAGAGUUUGUUCACACUGGCAUUUACAGGUUUCGUACAAAGGAAGGAAAUUAUAUACGUUUAGAGACCGAUUGGAGACAGUUUAUGAAUCCUUGGACGAAAGAAAUCGAAUAUAUGAUGGCCAAGAAUACACUAGUGGUAAGUGAUUUUCGCAAUAAGGAGAGUACCGCAAGUGGUACACAAGUCUCGCAGGACAUGUAUGACUUUUUUACUAAUCCUACUGAACAAAACAUACAGAGAUUGAUCAACACUCAAGUGGAAGCAAGCAAGAUUGGUCGUGAAAUAGUAGAUCAAGUUACGGACCUGCAAAGAUCCGAGAGCCCCCAGCAGCAAACGUCAAUGUCAAAUGUGUCAAAUAUCGGGGAAACGAGAAAUUUGACAAAUAUCGAGACACACAUACCAUCCACCAGCAACAUCCAACCCUGCGACCUCUACACCACCCCUCCACCUCCAGUGUUGCCAGACUUCACCUCCACCCUCCAAGACCAAUACUCCAUCCCCGUCGCCAGGGACGACACCAUGGCAGACUUCGCCGAUAUCAACGUGGCACCGUUACAACUACCGCUACCGCAGCAACAACAGCCGCAAACAUCGAUGAUGCCCGACCCUGGUAAACACACCCGCACGCUCAACCCAACCGCUUUUGUUGUAGACUAUCCCUAUGUUGCCAAAUACCCCCUGCCCCACACGCUUUACCCAGUAUCUCCCCAGUUAAAAAAGCUCAAAGUCGAUGUUAGCUACUCGAUACCGCCAGAUACUCAUCGCAAGUACUCACCGCUAGUUCUAGGCGCUGGACCGAGUCCUGCCGAAGGAUCCUCUUCGGGUUUUGUCGCGGACAUGUUGAAUCCAGUCCCUGGAUGUGCUUCGGGACCGGUUCAGCAGCAUCACACGAGCCAGGAAGGGAACGACGAGGCGGCCAUGGCUGUGAUCAUGAGCCUGCUCGAAGCUGACGCUGGAUUGGGAGGACCUGUGGAUUUUUCUGGAUUGCCCUGGCCCUUGCCUUGACCGGAUUGAAGGGAUAAGGAAGGGUUUAUGUUAUUAACGUUAUUUAUUACGGCUGAGUGUGUAUAUGUGUGCUUGUUGAAUUAAAUGUUGCUCAUCAAUUAAACUGAGUUUUAUUUUACUAAAUCUUUUGCUA